AUGGGCAGGUUUGUGGAACGAACUAACUGGACAAUCCAAACAACGGAUCAGCUUUUUAUACCAUCCGGUAAUCGCCUCUAUGAAGGAGAGUCGAUACCUGAGGAGGAAUUGGAUAUCAACAUUGUACUAGCCAAUGCCAUCUAUGCAUGCGUUCGUGUUGAGCGACAAGUGCUACACCGGCUACCUCAACCCCAUAACUUGCUGUUUUCAUUUAUGACAAUGCUAUAUACUCUUCCAGAAAUCAAGGAGGGACUUGGUGAGGUUCUUGCGGAGGCAAUCGAAAGAACCAAGCUGGAAAAUGCACCUGAGUUUUAUAUCGACAAGCGGGCUGUGGUCUGGGGGGAAUCGGCAAAGGUCUACCUUCGAAGUUGA